ACUUGGGCCCGCGAUCUCCGCCCCCCUGUCCCAACUCCCGAGAGCGUCUCUCCAUUCCUGCGCGCCGGAACGGAACAGCACCGCCGCGGCCUUGAGCGGCGGGCUCCAGGACCUCGACCUCUCCCCCGCUCCCCGGCGACAAGGCAGACCUCCAGGACCACUCCCGGACCAACACUCGAACGAGCUCUCCACGGAACCAUGGCUCUCAUCGCUGUGGGCAUGAAAGGAGGCGUCGAGGUCCUGCACAUGUUCGGUGGCACCAACGCCGGCAUGCUCUGCCGACGCACCUCCUAUGUGCCACUCUCAACCACUGCUCGCUCUAGUUUCACCACCUGUGCACUGGUCCAUCGCAACAACUCAUCGAUAAGAAGCAGAGGUAGUGAUCUGGGGUUUACAGGAGCAAUCUGCACCAUUGGUAGUCAUUAUCCUACUAAAGGCAAUUGGGGCUGUAAAGCUAAGCCAGCAACCCUGAACCUGGCAUUGGCCAUUAACAUCAUCUACUUCCUAGUGCUUGUGAGCCUCAUCUUGUGGAAGAAAAUCCGUGCAAAGAAACUGAUGAGCCAGUUAGCACUUCUUCUUCUAAGUUUAUGCAUCUGCCUGGCAGUAUUUGCUGCAAAGGGAAACAAGAUGGCUAUUUGUGCUGUCACAUUGUUCGAUAAGGCUGGGAAGAUCUACAAGGUGUUGGGCCACUUACUCAGCAUUCUUGGAGCGCCUCUGUGAUCUUCCAGCAGGGUUACGAAGGACGGUGUUCUUGUGGAGGGCCUAUCCUGGAAGGAUGUGGAGAGACUGAUUGAUGACUGCAACAAUGGGCACAAGACCAAAUGAAUUAGUGACCAAGCUUAGUCUAAUCGAAAUAGACAAUGUGUUUUUAUGACAGUACUGUUUGACUGAUGAAUGAAGUGUCGUUAAGAUAAUGCACCAUCUCAGUAUUUUUGGUAUAAAUCUAUAAUGGUUACUUGUAUCAAUAAUUAAUGCCUGUCAAGCAUUUUGGCUUGCUUAUACUGACGCUGA